GCUCCUGAGUAGGUGAUUCAGUCACUCUCACCUGAGUCUCAGAGCUGGAGAGAGCGCAGGCCUUCAGCUCCUCACAUCAGCAGACAAGGUAGGCUUUCUAAUCCGUCUCUGCUGACAUUUGCAUCCAGGGCUCAUUCAAAUGGUUGAGUUAGUAUCAGCUGGUUUUGCCUGCAUGGUUCUGUGUCUCGGAGUUUGGGUAACUAUCAUUUUAAUGAGGACAUUUUUCCAACGCCGAAACCAAGGACUUUAAUCAGACAAUGUAAACUCAGUGAUAGUGGGUUUCUACAUGGACAGCUUCGUCUCCCUGGAUACAGAGAUACCCUCGUACAAACAGAGACUUAAAGUGUGUACAUUAAUGCAGAACCAAAGCUUUUACAAACUGGGUUCUCUGGAAAAGAAGAAACAGACGGAAGACACAACAUAUUAUCUUGCAUUUUGACGUGUCAGUUCACAUCACUGUGGGCUGUCCUGCUAGAUUUCACCCCCUGACCACUUCUGGUUUCAGAAAUAAUUCAAAGAAAGUCUUUGCAUGAGGAAACAUGAGCAUCUGAGCUGAGAGAUCUCUGUCCGUCCGGUCGUGUUCUUCAGACCCAGACAUCAGAUCCAGUCUUCCCCGUCCGCGUGAGUCAGCAUGGACGUGUUCUUCAACUCCUCCUUGCUCUUCAUCUCCCUCCGACCCAACAACCGCACGUCUGAGGUGCAGACCGUGUACGAGGGCUGCAAGGACAUGCCUGCUGUCCUGAUCAUCUACCUGGGGCUGCAGUUCGUCAACAUGUUCCUGGGAAUCCCGGCCAACAUCAUGGUGUUGUGGCUCAUGCGCAGGAACACAGGAGACUCAUCCACCUCGGACAUCUUCAUCCUGCACCUGGCCGUCCUCGACGUCUCCUUCUGCCUCAUCCCUCCGUUGGAGUUUGCCAACCUGGUGUACUUGACCACCAGCAGCACCUGGUACGUGCUGCGCUUCUUCUACGGCAUCAAGGACGCCUCUCCGCUCUUCCUGUCCUGCAUCUGCCUUGACCGCUACAUGGCCGUGCUGCACCCCAUCACCUUCACUGAGCUGAAGGACCGGCGGCACCGCGCCGUGCUGGCCGGAGCCGUCUGGCUGGUCACGCUGGCGUACGCCUGCGCCAAGUGCGUGGGCAACAUCAGCAACUUUGAGAAGGUGUUCACGGUGAUGAUCCUGGGGGCGUUCGCCUUCAUGGUGUUCUGCAACAUGUCCAUCCUCUGGGCGCUGCGGCGGUCCGGUCCUGGCAGGGACGACAUGCACCCGGUGAAGAAACGAGCCUUCAAGAUGGUGGUGAUCAUCCUGGCCAUCAUCGUGGUGAACUACUUCCCCCCCGUAGCGCUGUUCCCCUUCCAGGACUACUUCUCCCCAGACGUGUUCCGAUGCUACAUCCAUUACAUCGCCUUUGGCUUCAUGGACAUCAGUAGUAGCAUCCAGCCUGUUCUCUACCUGUCUGGCAAGGACUUUACGAGGACCCCAGCGCUCUGCUGCAAGACCAGCCCUGGGUAACCACACACACCAGGGGCUACACACACACACUCUCCACCAGGGGCUACACACACACACUCU